UCUAUAAAUUAAAUAAACAUAUAUGGAGAAAAUGUAAUCUACGUGAGCUCAUCUUCUUGCAUUUGUUAUUAGGAGUCGCCAUGGAAGAGCAACUCAUGAUGGAGAGAAGCAGAGAGAAGAUGAUGAUUAAUGGAGAAAGAAAGAUGGUGGUGUGUGUCACAGGAGCCUCUGGCUACAUAACUUCAUGGCUGGUUAAGCUUUUACUCCAAAAGGGUUAUAUCAUAAAAGCAACUGUUCAGACCCAAGUCAAUGAUCCAAAGAAAACAGAUCAUUUGGUCGCACUUGAUGGAGCAAAGGAAAGGCUUCAUCUGUUCAAAGCAAAUUUACUAGAAGAAAGAUCUUUUGAUGCUGUAGUUGAUGGAUGUGAAGCAGUUUUUCAUACAGCUUCACCUGUAACAUUUUCUGUUACUCAUCCACAGACAGAAAUAAUUGAUCCAGCAGUGAAAGGAACUCUUAAUGUUCUUAAAUCAUGCACAAAAGUCCAGUCUAUCAAGAGAGUGAUUAUAACAUCUUCUCUGGCAACAAUGGUAUUUAGUGGAAAGCCUAUGACUCCUGAUAUGGUGGUUGAUGAAACUUGGUAUUCAAAUCCUGAAUUUUGCAGGACAUUGAAGUAUUGGUAUCUGCUCGCAAAAACCCUAGCAGAGGAGGCAGCUUGGAAAUUUGCAAAGGAGAAUUCAAUUGAUUUGGUUACAUUAAAUCCAGGAUAUGUGAUUGGUCCUCUCUUACAACCAACUCUCAAUGAAUCAGUGGAGAUGAUUCUCAACCUUGUAAACGGAGCAAAAACAUACUCUGCUGCGUAUUAUAGGUCGAUUGAUGUUCGAGAUGUCGCAGUUGCACAUGUUCAAGCCCUUGAGAUUCCUUCAGCUAGUGGGAGAUUUUGUUUAGUUGCAAAUACUCUGCACUUCUCUGAGCUUUUAAAGAUCAUUCAUCAACUUUAUCCUACUUUGCGGCUUCCUGAAGAAUGUGACGGUGACGACAUGGCCUUGCCACAGUACAUAGUAUCACAAGAGAAGGCAAAAACUCUAGGACUCAGCUUCAUUCCUCUGGAGCUGACACUCAGAGACACUUUUGAAAGCUUGAAGGCAAAAGGCUUCCUCAGCAUCUAAUUUAGAGCAUAUUUGACAGAGGUAGGAAAAAAGUAGCAAAGGGAAAAUUGUUUUAUUAUUUUAAUGUUCUCAGGAUAAAAAAUAUAUUAAAAAUAAUUUUAAAACAAUUUGUAAUAUAUUUCAAUUAAUAUAAUAAAAUAUAAUAUUUUUCUCCACAGCAGUUCCUACAACAAUAACAAACCAACCAUUAGACUAUCUACUACUCGAGUAAUGCACUUCCCUUGUUUUCUGUACAUGACAGCAGCCAGACAGUUUCCAAUAAUUGCUAAAAACAAAAGAUGCCUGGUUUAACUUCUGUUUUAAAAUUUGUUAAAUCACUGACAUGGGUUAUGCCCCUGAUUCACUGAUGAUUCCUCCCAUGCCAGUUGCAUGGCUUGGAACCAAUCACUAUUAACACUAACCAGUGUCUGUUUAGAGGGGAGAUGAUCCCCUAGGCUAACAUUUUAAGGAUACAUAUUGAUCUUGCAAAGAAUAAUUAACCAUUUCAUUCUUCCUCCACUCAAUACUCAGUAUAUCCAGUUUACAACAGUUAGAUGUUGACCAUUGAUUAUAGUAGAACCUAUAUAGAAUCCACUAUAGUCAAUGGCUAUAACAUUGUAU